AGACCAUUCCAGACGGCGUCUUCUCUGCUCGAGAGAAGAAGUCACAGUACUGCGGGUCUCCCAGAGAAUCGUACGUGAACCUCCCGAGCAUGGCGGAAGUGCUCGAUAUGAAUUCAAUCGAGGUACCCUGCAGAAUCAUCAAUGGGCAUCGGAGUCCGCUCAUGUUCUCUCCUGAAUCUUUCGAUGCUGCCUGCAAGUACCGCGCCCACGACAGCGACAUCGUUUUGUGCACAUAUCCGAAAUGCGGAACCACCUGGGUUCAGUACAUGAUGUGCAAUCUUCUACAUUACGAUGACUUCGAUGGGGACAUGUCGACCGUGAAGGACCAGUGCCCGUAUUUAGAACUGUUCGGUACCGGGAACUUGAAACCGGGAAGCUUCUACAAAAUUCAUCUGCCCUUCAACUCCGAAACCUUCAACCCGAAUGCCAGAUACGUCUUCGUCACACGGAAUCCUCGAGACGUGGCCGUAUCUUACUAUCAUUUCACAGCGAUAAUUCCACCAGGAAUCCCUGGUGUCCCGAAGGGCGCCUAUUGGUUCCCAAGAUACGCUGAACUUUUCCUGAGGGGAGAAGUCUGGCAUGGAUGUUACAUGAAGUACCACCGUGAUUGGCUCAAGGGUCUCAGGGAACACGGAAAACCAGAGAACGUUCUGAUUCUGGUCUACGAGAAGAUGAAAAAAGAUCCGAGAGGGGAACUCAUCAGAAUCGCGAAUUUCCUCGGAGGACGGGCCGCGGAGCUCGUCAAAGAUGAAAAGGUUGUGGAGACAAUCCUGGAGAGAACGAGCGUCGAUUCGAUGAAAGAGUCCGUGAACAAGUCGGCCGCCUCAUUGUUCAAGAAAAUGAAUGUCGCGGUGGAUACACCAAACGAUAGCGUCGAGUUCGUACGGAAAGGAGUGGUUGGAGAUCACGCCAACUACUUCACCCCGGAAAUUUCCCGGAUGUUCGAUGAAUACAUUAAUUCCGAUCCCGGAAAUCAAGAAGUCAUGGAACUCUUCAACGUCUAGAGGGAAGAGAGGACUGACGAGAUGGAUUACCGCAGAAUUUUUCCGGAGGAUUUAUCUCAUCGUUCGCAGAAAUCAAUUUCCGCUCGCCUUCCAUGGGGAUUAUCGGCGACCCAUCCUACCAGGGUUUUCUUCAACGAGAUUUCGAUUUUUUAAGAACUCCCG